AUGUCUGUUGAACACAUUAUCAAAGCCGUAUCUUCUAGAAGAACCAUCUACAACUUGAAACAGACUUUACCUGCUGGUGUUACUGUUGAAAAGAUUCAAGAAAUCGUUCAAUCCAUUGUUAAGGAUGUCCCAACUGCUUUCAACUCGCAAUCCACUCGUGCCAUUAUCUUGACCGGUGCUGCUCAUAAGAAAGCUUGGGAAUCAGUUGUUGCUGCUAUGCCAAAUGAUGAUGCUAAGAAGAGACCAGCAUCGGCCAGAGAUGAGGCCUUUGGUUCUAUCAUCUUCAUGACUGAUUCUAAAACUAUUCAAGGGUUACAAGAAAAAUUUCCCGCUUACAGCGCAAUGUUUCCACAUUUUGCCGACCAAGCUAAUGGUGCCGCCCAAAUUUCCACUUGGACUGCUUUACACCAGCUAAAUCUAGGUUGUAAUUUGCAACAUUAUAACACAAUGAUCAGAGAAGCUCUACCAGCUGAUGUUCCAAAGGAAUGGGAGGUCGCCGCCCAAUUGGUAUUCGGUUCUGUUGGUGCUCCCGCUGGUGAAAAGACAUUUAUCGAAAACCCAGUCAAAGUUUACAAAUAA